GAGGAGUUUCCCAAUCAUUUUCAAAAAGACAGCGAUGAAAGGGCUCGAUUUAGCUCGGUCAGAAGAUUAAACUGAACAAUUUAAGUUUGUAAACAUAGCGAUUGACUUAAAGAACGCGGAAGUACUACCACAUAAUACGGACUAUAAGCUGAAGUCACAUAGUACGACGAUUAACUUAGAGAAAGUUUUGCCGGGAAACUCCAACGUUUUUUGGAUUUCUGACACUUGAUUUGGUUUUCAUGAUUUUGACAAAUAUGUACAAUAACAACCCGACAGCGAAUCUAUCUCACUAUCCAUCGGGUGGACCCGCUCCUGGCUACCAACCAGAGUAUGAUAUGAAGACAACAGCGCAGACUGGAGGAUAUGAUGUUCCACAGGAUCUUUCAUUUUCAACAGCGUAUGGGUGUACAAGUGGAGCAACCGCAACAACACCCAGUUUCUCAGCGCAGACGAGCCUGCCAAACUUUGAAGCACCUUUCAUUGAUCUGCAACCAAUCGUUUCAAACAAUAACACACAACAAAGCUCUGGGUUUGUGCCCCCUCUGGUGGAGCCCCAGGGAUACAAUAAUUAUGACAAUGGUAAAAAUUCACAGUGGAUGCCACAGCAUGCUAAUAAUCAACAUCGAAAUGUUGCCAUGGUGCGUCCAAACAUGGCCAUGCCACAAAUCCGAGGGACUUUCAUCAGUCGAAGGCCGCAUGAUGAAAUCAACCCAGAAGAAGCACAUCGUAAAAGAGUGAGACGAGAAAGAAACAAACUUGCUGCGGCUAGAUGUCGCCAGCGUAGAACGGACCUCACAAAUAAACUUAUGGACGAAACGGAAGUUCUAGAAGAUGAACAACAUAACUUAGAGGAUCAGAUAGAGAAACUUCGACAACAAAAGGAACAGUAUGAAUUCAUCUUGAAAGCCCAUCAGGCCAGUUGUAAAGCCCCAGAAGAUGUACGUUGCAAGCCUUUACCCACCCCGACCCCUAUCUCUGCCAGUGUAUCAGUGAUCGUUAAACAGGAACCUAAGACUCAACAUGAUGAUUUCUACAUGAAAGGGGACGAGUAUGAUGCUUUGAGUCCUAGUAGCACAUGUAGUAGCGAAGUCAGUUCAAAUUCGAUGACUCAAACGAAAAUGGCAGCUCCAGCAGCUCCCGUUGCGCGACCCCACACACUUCCUAUUCCAGCAUCAUCAGCCAACUCUACUUCAACAUCUGUGCCCACUAAAGCCCAGGCCCGAUCAGCACUCACUCCUGGUAGUGUUUUCACUUUGGGGUUUGAGACUAUGCUUGAUGGAUCAACUGGGCUGACACCUAUAGCUGGUCCAUCAUGUGCAAGCCAAGCCCAAAGAAACUCAAGUGAUAGCAGCAACAACUCAGAUAACAAUAUGGCAUCUCCUACACUCAUGGCACUCUAGUUACCAAUCUGACUGGAACCUCUGCAGAUGAUUUUAAAAAAUCACAAUAUUUCUGGGGAAUAUUGGAACAGUAGAAUACAAGUCAUUAUAUACGAGACUGUUUGCUCAGUAUUUCUUGGAAAAAUUGUGAAGAUUAUUUUAUAUUGCAUGAGAACGAAACAUGCGAGGGUAGACCUUUUUACAGAUCUGAUGUAUUCAUUCCUCCUUUUUAUACUCACACAGUUUCACUUAUUGGUCAGAUGUGAUCACAUGAUAAACAGGGGCAUCUGGGAUAUGACCUCUUGUCAUACAUUAAGGAGGUAGAUUGUAUAAAAGUAUUAUUGCCAAAUAGAACUAAAAAUACAAAAUGGUAACAUUUCAAAAUGUAACGUUGUAAUCAAUCUAAAUGGCAAUCAGCAGCUGAAAAUGCAAUACUCAUUCCAAAAUUUUCUUGCCUUAAUUAGUAAUCAUUGAUAUUAGUAUAUAAGGUGCUUUGAUAAAGGAUGAGUGACUUUUUAUAGAAAAUAUAGCCAAAUAAAUAACACU